UCACGUGCCGGGAAGAAAGAGCCAGCGGCGCGCCAGUCGCACGCGACGCAGCGCGCUCUGGGCGGAGCGGCCAUGGCAGCUCCGGAGCCGCUGUCCCCGGCGGGCGGCACGGGCGAGGAGGCACCGGAUGAGGACGAGGACGAGGCGGAGGCCGAAGACCCCGAGAGGCCGGCUGGAGCUGGCGGCGCGCGCGGAGGGGGCGGCGGCGGCGGCGGCGGCGCGGCCGGAGCCGGGGCGGGGCCGGGGGGCUGCGGCGGGCCGGGGGGCGCGCUCACCCGGCGCGCGGUCACGCUGCGGGUGCUCCUCAAAGAUGCUCUGCUGGAGCCCGGCGCCGGGGUGCUAUCCAUCUACUACCUGGGGAAGAAAUUCAUGGGAGACCUACAACCCGACGGGAGGAUCGUGUGGCAGGAAACGGGACAGGUGUUCAACUCACCCAGCGCCUGGGCCACCCACUGCAAGAAGCUGGUGAACCCGGCCAAGAAGUCCGGCUGUGGCUGGGCCUCGGUCAAGUACAAGGGCCAGAAACUGGAUAAGUACAAGGCAGCCUGGCUCCGGCGACACCAGCUCCACGUUCCCACGGCUGCUGCCGAUGAGAGCCCCGCCAGUGAAGGGGAGGAAGAGGACCUGUUGAUGGAGGAAGAAGAGGAGGACGUUCUGGCCGGGGUCUCCGCUGAGGACAAGAGUCGGAGACCACCUGCCAAGGGACCCUUGGAGACUGCCCACCCUGAGGCCACGCCCCCUGGGAAGCAGGUGGAAAACAAGAUCCGGGUCCCUGUGCGGUACUGCAUGCUGGGCAGCCGGGACUCUGCCAGGAACCCCCACACCCUGGUGGAAGUAACAUCCUUCGCCGCCAUUAACAAGUUCCAGCCGUUCAAUGUGGCCGUCUCCAGCAAUGUGCUCUUCCUGCUGGACUUCCACAGCCACCUGACUCGAAGCGAGGUCGUGGGGUACCUGGGGGGCCGCUGGGACAUCAACAGCCAGAUGCUCACGGUGCUGAGAGCCUUCCCCUGUCGGAGCCGGCUGGGGGACGCGGAUACGGCGGCCACCAUGGAAGAGGAGAUCUACCAGAGCCUGCUGCUGCGCGGCCUGUCCCUGGUGGGCUGGUACCACAGCCACCCGCACAGCCCCGCGCUGCCGUCGCUGCAGGACAUCGACUCGCAGAUGGACUACCAGCUGCGGCUGCAGGGCUCCAGCAACGGCUUCCAGCCGUGCCUCGCCCUGCUCUGCUCCCCUUACUACGCUGGCAACCCGGGCCCCGAGUCCAAGAUCUCCCCCUUCUGGGUGAUGCCGCCCCCUGAGCAAAGGCCCAGUGACUACGGCAUCCCCAUGGACGUGGAGAUGGCCUACGUCCAGGACAACUUCCUGACUAAUGACAUCCUUCAUGAGAUGAUGCUGCUGGUGGAGUUCUACAAGGGCGCCCCUGACCUCGUGAGGUUCCAGGAGCCCUGGAGCCAGGAGCACACGUACCUCGACAAGCUGAAGAUCUCUCUGGCCAGCAGGACGCCCAAGGACCAGGGCCUGUGCCACGUGCUGGAGCAGGUUUACAGCCUUCUCAAACCAGGGGGCUGAGGGGACCAUGCAGCGGCUGGGGCGCGGGUAAUAAAGGACAGAAGCAAAGA